CUGCGGUGACCAAUAUCAGCCGGCUCAGCUCUGCACCGGUGAGCAGGAGAGCGGGAUGCACCCUAACACGGAGGUUCAACGACAUAGCUCACUGACAUCCAAUGGCUCCUGUUGAGCUACAGCACCUCAUAUCGUAUGCCAUUCACCCCUCAUGCGCCAUAUACAAAUCCGAGCUGGAGCCUCGAACAUUGCAUCACUGCAACAUUAGCUGCAGACAGGGCUCGAUUCGAUGGUCGGAGUUCCCCGCCAGUGGGGGCUGGAGUACAAAAUACUGCAUACUGUAUGCACCUCUGCCCUAUGGCGACUAACCUGCACGACGCUCAACCGCAGAUGGGUUUCUGUUACGUCCUUCUUUAUAUGCAGGAUUAUGGCGCAGGGAAUGUCGCCCUAUUGCAUCAUUUUGUGGCAUCGAGUGUGCAGUACGGAGUUCGCCGCAGUGCGCCAGGUACACCUCCCACAGCCGGACUCCACUACCACAACAGAUGGGUUGCUCAAUUCUUCACAACAAUUCUCACCCAGGGUCCUUCAAUGUCUGGCAUCUGGUAUAUUCGUAAUCCCUUAGACGGGUAUCCAUGCUGCCUCUGAAGCCGCUCAAGGGUCGCCGAAAAUGCAUGACUCCAUAGCCCUACCCACUCCAAGAUACAUAUGGGAACGCUGUCGGAACCGAUCAAUCGAAUCAAUCAUGUACAUGGAAAGUAGUGGUUCGCUUCUCUGCUCUUCUCUCAAUGCCGCCUCUUUCUUUC